UGUUCGGCUUUUGAGUAACCUAAUAACGUUCGUCACUUCCGUUGCACAGCCUAUUCUGUUUUAGCCAACAUGGCGUCCACGCAGUUUACAGAUGAGGAGCUUAUCUCCGAAUUAAAGCGUUUUGGCUUCACACCGGGUCCGGUCACCGAACAUACUCGUCCGGUUUAUUUGAAGAAACUGAAGAAGCUUCGCGAAGAGUGGCAGCAGCAGCAGCGGGGCUCCAGGACCGGGAAAGUCCGGAUUAGCGGGCCCGUUAGCAUCUCCACGGCGGGAUCCGGGCCAGCCGCUCGUGACGUCACGGAGCUCAACUCGAGCAGGAGACCGGGCCGGAAGUCAUCGGUUCUGGGCUUCAGCUCGGACGAGUCUGACGCUGAGGCCCCGCUGAGGAGAAGUGGUCCGAACCAGAAGGUCCGGACCGCUCACAAGAGCCCGUCAAACGGUUCUUCUCCGGGCCCGGACAGACACGCAGCCUGGGGACUCGACUCCGAGGAUGAUCGAACCGAGAAAAAGUGUCGGUCUGUGAACGGCCGCCGGUCUGCUCCCGUUAAACUUCCCGGAGAUUAUUCCGACUCAGACGACGACCGGGACCGGCUGGAGACCAGGAGGAGGACGACCCCGAGACCUGCGCCGCCCUCUGAAGGAUCGGGUCUCGGAUCCGCGUCCGGAGAGACCGAGGAAGGCAUGAACCCGCCCCGGAGACCCGACAAGGUGGGGAGUCUGCGGGAGGAGGAUAAGGAGGAGAAGCCGGCAGGAGUUCCCGUGGUCUUCUCCAGGAGGUCCAUCUACGAGAACCACGGAAGUACUACGAGGAACCACCACGUGGACAACGUGGAGGACGGGGCUUCCAGGCUAAGACACCGGACCCAAACCAACCACAGCGGGUCCAACCACACCUCCAGACAGUCGGUCCGGGAGGAGGAGCUGCUCCAACAGUUCCGGGGUGAGGAGGUGACCUCCUCUGGGAGCUUCAGUGCUCAUUAUCUCUCCAUGGUCCUCCUGACGGCGGCAUGCCUCUUCUUCCUGCUGCUGGCCCUCAUGUACCUGAGGAUGAGGGGUUCUGGAACCCCGGAGACCAGCGUCGUCAUUGGGAAUCAUCCCUUUGGCAGUGACUUUGACGUGACAUAUGAUCUGAGAGAGAAGGGCCUGAUCCUGAAGCUUUUGCUCCACUUACACGACCACCUGGCCCACGUUGCUGGGCAACAUGAAUGUGGCAACAAGCAGCUUGUGAACAGGAGUGUGUCCAUGGCUGAGGCUUCAGAGUACUUACUGAGACUGAAUAGAGAUUUUGAAGAUUUAAUUCACACUUCUCUGGAAUGGAUCCUCCGCACAGACAAGGACGUGGGGAUAAGACUGAUAGGACAGACUGUGGAUGAGCCCGUGACUGAUGUGUCUGAGGUCACAUGGCUCGAGUCUACACAUCCAAACAUGCCGUUCAUGUGUCGUUUCCAAAGAGCCUUCCUCGUCGUCGCCAGCAGAGUCUUCCUCUGUGCAGCCGUUUUAGGCUCCCUGUUGGCUGUGAUCUACUACAUGAAGCAUCGGUGGAGAAGACAGGAGGAAGAAACCAGGCAGAUGUACGACAUGGUGGAGAGGAUCAUUGAUGUGCUGAGGAGCCAUACUGAGGCAUGCCAAGAGAACCCAGACCUACAGCCCUACCUGCCCAUUCCCCAUGUCAGAGACUCUCUGGUGCCGCCUCAGGACCGAAAGAAGAUGAAGAAGGUUUGGGAGCGGGCUGAGAGGUUCCUGUGUGCCAACGAGUCCAGGAUUCAAAAGGAGUCUCGGAGGAUUGGUGGAGCCGACUUCCUGGUCUGGAGGUGGACUCAGUCUCCCGUCAGUUGUGAUAAACUUUCCCAGAUCCCCUCCAAAGUCUGGCAGGGAAAAGCAUUCCCUCUGGACCGGAGGAACUCGCCUCCCAACAGCCUGACGCCAUGUCUGAAGAUCCGAAACAUGUUUGACCCCAUCAUGGAGGUUGGUGAGAACUGGGACCUGUCGAUUCACGAAGCCAUCUUGCAGAAGUGCAGUGACAACGACGGCAUUGUCCACAUUGCUGUCGACAAGAACUCCCGGGAGGGCUGUGUGUACGUGAAGUGUUUGUCUGCCGAGUACUCGGGGAAGGCUUUCAAAGCUCUGCAUGGUUCCUGGUUUGAUGGUAAGCUGGUAACAGUAAAGUAUCUGCGUUUGGACCGGUACCACCAGCGGUUCCCUCAGGCCCAGGGCUGUAGUACCCCCCUGAAGGCAUCCAGCUCCAACCAGAACACUCCGACCCGUCUGCAGCGCUGCAGCUGAGGAAAGGUUCUUCUCUAGGCUUAGGAUCAGAACCGCUUUCGUGGGACUGGGUGGGUUUGGGCAUCAAGACAUGCAGCAGCUGUUCAGUGGGUUCUGUUUUUCUGUCAGAACUGGACUCCAGCAGGAAACCGCGUCCCUGUUCUGGCUUUGGUGGAAACGUGGACCCUGCCUGUCUGAGAGACGUGAAGCCUUCAGCUCCAACACCAUGUUUGUGUUAUUUAGAACAUCAGACGGCGUUUAAAUAAACGUGGAUCAUCAAAUCAACGAGCUGCUCACGUCUUCAAGCGGAUCAUAUGACGCUAACGCCAUCUUAGUUUCCUUCCAGUCAUUUGUUUUCUGCUGAGUCGUUUCUGGGGAGGUGACUUUUUUUUUUUUUUUUUUUUUUUUUUUUUUUUUUUUUUUUUUUAUAUAAAGAUGAUUCACAGUCCUUUGAAGCUUUUCCCUGCCUAUAUUCUAAUUUACUCCCAACGUAUAUUAUUUCUUCUUUGAAUUAUUUCUCUUUGGUGUCUGUACAUCCAAGUCUAAUUUGACUUCCUGUAAAAAGUUAUUUACAUGUUUUAUUUACAGACAACAAACCAGAAUAUUACCAAGUAAUCUGGCCUUUUUAUUUAAAACAAAUAAAUAAAUAAAUCACCCAUUUCAGAGUGAAAACAAAAUCACCACAAUGUGAUCCAAAUUAAAGAUAUAAAACUCUAAACAGCAGGGGGUUCGCCCUCUCAUCCAAAAACUACAUCAUCACUUUUGCAGCCAUUUUCUUGAGACGCAACAGCAGAUGGGACAUGAACAGAAUAUACACAAAAUUAGACAUAAAAUCUAAGCUGCAGUCUGCGGCCAUGGCGCCUGGUGACCGACCGGUGGCGGUCUGAGUGGUCAGGUGACUGCCAGUGUGUCUUUGUCACUGGUCUUAAUGUUUUCAUGUCGUCGUGUUGUUGAGGACGGUGCUCUAAUUUCUCGACUCACGCGUUUUGCCCCCCCACCCCUGAAUGCCUCACACGCACACACCCGGCGCCCCCUGUGUAAGAAGAUUGACCUCACUCUUUGUGUAUUUAAAAUGCAGUUGUUUUUACAGAAAACACUAAAAAGUCAGAGAGUUGAACCUUUUUUAAAUGCAAUGAAUGUUUGAAUUGUGUACUUGUAGUGUUAAAUUGUACAAACGAUGCACACGUUACAAACUGGUGCACUAGUUUUGCUCCAGACGACCCACUUGUGCCUUAAAUGCUUUUUUGGAGUGGCAUGGACCGGGUUCCGGAAAAUCUCUAACUGCUUUCAGUCUGGUGGGUGAAACCUGCUGUAGUUGGAUUUUUUUUUUUUUUCUCCAGACAUUUUUGAAUCUUGGUCUUUUGUAGCAGUUUCCUUUUUAUAUUCUGUCUUUUGAUUUCUGUAUGAUUUUUUUUUUUUUUUUUUUUUUUCUUUUGUGGUUCCAGUUGUUACACGUCAUUGUCCAUCGAACUCCGUCAGCUUUAAACUUGUCAGGAUGUAUAAAUAAAUAAUUUUGCUGUAUCUCAGUGUAUCACUGUAAAAUUUAUUUUUUUUUUCCUCCCUUCAGCGUGACGUCAACCUCGGAUUGUAAUUAGAGGGUGAAUUGACGUGUAGUUUUUUUUUUCUUCUUCUUCUCUGUAUUUUCUGUAAACGCUGUACAUUUGAAGAUAUGUAUUUAAAUCCUGUAUUUCCAUGUUUUGCUCUUUAACCUGCUCACUGUAUAAUCCAGAGGCUUUAAUGGGACUCACCUGUACAAAUGGUUCAAUUAAAAGUUUAUUAGGGUUUUUGUAA